AUGGGAUUAGGUCUAGAUUCCGUUACCAACGAAAUCAAACUAGUGCAACUUUUGUCUUAUUAUUGUCGGAUCGAUAGAGGACUUAUAAACGGAAUCCGCGUGGACAUAUACUCCCCGAGCACGAAAACAUGGAGACAACUCGAUGAUGAUGCUGCUGCCGCGGCCACAUCACCUUCUUUUGUCAAGAAGGCAAUUGGGUCAUACAAGGAUGGUUCGUGUGCUCAUUGGCUGGAUAUUACGCAGAGUCUCGUACUCUCUUUCGACAUGCAGAAAGAGGUCGUUGUGAGAACGCCCCUUCCCAUUCGAAUAAACAGCAGUGAAAAGAAGAUUAAGAUUUUUGCCAAGGAGAGCAGCUCGCUUGACCUAUUCGUGUACCCGCGUAAUCAAGUUUCGGAAGAAAACUACUUGUUCGAAAGAUGGGAGUUGACCGGUUUGGGGGAGCAGGGAAAGCACUGGUCUUGGUUGACGCGUAUCGGACCUUUUUUAGGAGUGUCUAAGCCUGUGGGAGCAUUGUGGAGCCAUGUAAUUGUUGUGAGGGUGGGAGAUAAUCAGGGCCGGCCCAAGCCCAAGGCGAGCAAGGCCGUCGCCUUGGGCCUCCGAAAAAUCGAAAACAUUUAG